UUAUGAGAUUUGCUGAAUCUAUAUCACAAAAAGGGCUGUACAAUUAUUGUUUCUUGUAUUGUUUAGAAAAUUUCAAUACAAUUCUGGAAACUGAAUCGCAAAUAGUACAAUUAUAUGAAUUCAAUUUGGAAGAUAUUGUUAAGCUCAUAUCAAACGAUCAUUUGAUGGUUAAAUCUGAAGAAAAGAUCUUUGAUUUUAUUAUGGGAUGGAUAAAACAUGAUAUAGAGAAACGAAGUAGACAUUUAUCAAAUUUACUAAAUUAUUUGAGGUUACCUUUAAUUUUGGAAAAAAAUUUCAAACGAAUAUGUGAUGAACCUUUACUAAAAAUUGAAAUUAAAUGCUUGAAUGAUAUAAUGUAUAAAAAAUGAUUUGACAAGGUUGACGAAAAUAUUAGAAAAGCAGCAAAGAGGACACCUCCUCAUUUUAUACCAAAUGUGUGAAAAUGAUCUUAAUUGGAAAUCAUGUAAUUAUUCAUUUUUUUGUCUACCUCGUCGUGAUGCAACUUUUGUCGUUUCGGAAACUGGAAUACUACUUGCAAUUGGAGGUUAUGAUGAAUUAGGAAAAUGGAGAAAUUGUGUUGAUGAACUUGAACUUACUUCUACAUCAAAAAUGUGGAUACCUACAACGCCUUUGCAUAGAUCACGGUUAUAUUUUUCUGUUUGCACUAAAGGAAAAUAUAUAUAUGUGGUAGGAGGUGAAGAUACUUUAGGAGAAACAUUAGAUUCAAUAGAAUAUUAUGACACAUAUUCGAAGGAAUGGACUGUAAUAGAAGAGCCAUUGCCAACCGCUCGGAGUUUCUGCAGUUCAGUAAUUCACAACUCUCGUUUAUAUGUUUUUGGUGGAAAUGACGGUGAAGACCUUUUAAGUAGUGUAUACUGCUAUAAUCUACGAGAAAAAUGUUGGACUAUGUGUAAUCUUAUGCCUACAGCUACCGCUACAACAAUGGGCAUUACAAGCAGAGGAAACGAUUUUUAUAUAUUUGGCGGUCAUGGAACACCUGAAGGUGCUUACAAAAUGAACAUAAAUGAUUCAAAAUGGGAUACUCUACCCGAUAUGAUCAACGCAAAAUAUUUUGCAAAUGCCGUUACUAUUAAAAACAAUUUUUUUGUUGUGGGAAAGAAUACUGCUUGGUGGUACACAAAAAAUGAUGAAAAACCCAAGGGAGUCUUUUGUGAAAGAUAUAUUGCUGGAAAAAACAUAUGUCAAGAGAUUGAGUCAUCAAGUAUAUUAAGUGAUUAUGAUCACAUAAUUUGUCUUAAUGAUGCGAGAUUGAAAACAUUUAAUAUUGACAUAUCAUAAAAAUUUUAAUAUUAUAUACUAUGAAAUUGAAAAAAUAUUUUUUUAAAAGAUAAUCAAAACUGAUUAAUACUGUGCAGUGAAUAUAAAUAUAUAUUUAAUGAACAUUAUACAA